AUGUUUACGUUAAAUAACCACCUGGAAUUGAGACGCGUAACUAUAUCUAGUUUACUCACAUGCAUUUAUUUACCGAGUAUAAUAAGUGUGAUCUCCUAUAAAGGUAUAUUGUAUUCCGUAGGAAGCGGUUCAUCAUUUUAUAUUUUGGUGCUAAUAUUCAUAGCAGAACUGAUAAAAUCAUUCUAUCUUAGUUCUAACAAUGAAAUCCAAUCAAAGAAGAAUAAGGCGAAGAUCAGAGUGAGUGACAUACUGAAGGCUUUUGGCUUCUUGCUGGGUGUAACGUUUUGUUUUUUUCUCGGAAUAAUUUUGUUUGGGGCGCCUGUCUUAGACAAACACGAAGAGACAUUAAUGUUAUCCAGUUUACUCACGUUAUUGUCAGUGUUUCCCUUAGUAGCCCACACUGGUGUUGAAUUAGCAAUGCAACUUUUAUUUGGAGUAAAACAUUUUUCAAAAGAUACAAUAAUUGCGAUGUUGGUGAAUAACGCGUUACUGUGUGUAUGCGGAGCCUGGAUUGGGGCAGUUGUGAUACCUUUGGACUGGAACACUCCAUGGCAACAGUGGCCUAUACCAUGCUAUCUUGGAGCUAUUGGUGGAUAUCUCUUAUCAAAUGUUAUGACUGUAUUAAAAGUGACAAUGAUGUCUGCGAGUCAUAAAUAUAAAUUUCUUAAUUUCUUUGUAAAUAUAAUUAAUAAAUUACAUGUUUCCAAGUAA